AUGAAUAGCGAAAAACUACCCGAUCCCACAUCUCCUGCACAGGAGGCUGGUCUCGGUGAGAUCGGCUCUGUUCAUGUCGUCCAGGAGGAUCGUCUUACCCGGUCUCUGUCUGCGCGGCAGGUACAAAUGAUUGCCAUCGGCGGAACCAUUGGGACUGGUUUAUUCCUGGGUACAGGAAAGGCUCUAGCUCAGGCCGGGCCUGCCUCAGUUCUGAUCACCUAUUCUAUCAUUGGUGCCAAUGUUUUUGUUACGAUGCUGAGCCUCGGAGAAAUGGCCGCCUUCAUUCCAGUGGCAGGAAGUUUCUGCACCUUUGCUGGACGAUUUGUUGACGAUGCUUUCGGUUUCGCUCUCACAUGGAACUACUGGUUCAACGAUGCGAUAACGUUCGCUGCGGAUCUGGUCGCCUUACAAAUUGUCUUGGAAUACUGGGCCAACAACUUUCCUGGAUGGGCUUUUAGCCUGAUCUUCUGGGUCGUCAUCAUUGGACUCAACGUUGUUGCAGUCAAAAUUGAAUAUUGGCUUUGCCUAUUGAAGGUCAUCACUAUAAUUGUCUUUAUCAUUCUGGGAAUUGCAGUCAACUGCGGCGCAAAUGUUGACGGCCGUUACAUUGGAGGCGAGAACUGGCACUUGCCAGGAGCUCCAUUUGUUAAUGGAAUCGGAGGUUUCGCUUCCGUAUUUGUCACUGCUGCUUUCGCUUACGGGGGAACGGAAUCCAUUGCCAUCACGGCGGGAGAAACAAAGAGUCCUGCUAAAACUAUCCCCAAAGUUGUUCAAAACGUUUUUUGGCGAAUCUUGUUUUUCUAUGUUCUAUCCGUGCUGAUCAUUAGACUCAAUGUCCCAUACAACUAUCCUGAACUAGGCUCCAAGACCGUGAAGACGUCCCCUUUCACCCUGGUCUUUCAGAUGACUGGGGCCAAGGCGGCUGGCAGUGUGAUGAACGCGGUUAUCAUGACUAGUGUCAUAUCCGCAGGCAACCAUGCCCUUUUUGCAGGCGCCCGCUUGAUGUUUGCGUUGGCAAAUGCGGGACAUGCACCAAAGGUCUUUGGAAAGCUCAACCGUCAAAAUGUGCCUUGGAUUGCCGUCAUCAUUACAGGCCUAGUAAGCGGCUUGUGCUUUGGAUCUAGCAAGAUAGGAGCUGGUCAACUGUGGACGUGGUUACAAAACCUCGUUGGAGUUUCCAAUCAGUUAAACUGGCUAGCGAUCGGUAUCACUUCGAUUCGGUUCCGUGCAGCUCUGCAGCGACAGAAUAAGACUCAUCUACUCCCGUUUCGAAACUAUACUUAUCCAUUAGGACCUUGGGUUUGUGUUAUUGGGAAUGCCAUUAUUGUUCUUGUUCAAGGAUGGCAAUGCUUCAGUCCAACCUUCAAUGCUGUUGACUUUGUCAGCUUUUAUAUCGAGAUCCCAAUCAUGUUCAUCAUGUAUAUAAUCUGGAAGAUCGUGAAGAAAACCCAUCUGGUUAAGCUAGAAGAUAUGGACUUAGAGACGGAUCGCUGGUCUUCGGAUGCUGAAGAUGAGAGUCCCAGCAAGAGAACCAGAGUAAAACAGAUCCUCAACUGGAUUUACUAA